AUCAGCUGCAGUCUGCUCCCUCUGCUCUGAGUCUUGGAGCUGCUCUCCUUUCCUCUCCGGCUGCCUUUCUUCUCUCCUCUCAACAUCUUAAAGCGUUUCUUUCUCCCUCAGCGCCUCUCUGUCCUGUGAUACGUUCAUCUGUCACCCAAGACACCACCUCCCCAACAUGUCGCUCAAGGUCCAGACUAGUAAUGUGACAAACAAGACAGAUCCCAAGUCUAUCAACUCCCGAGUGUUUAUUGGAAACUUAAACACGGCGGUGGUGAAGAAAUCUGAUGUAGAAGGCAUAUUUUCCAAAUAUGGCCGAGUGCUGGGCUGCUCUGUGCACAAAGGGUUCGCCUUCGUCCAGUAUGCCAGUGAGAGGCACGCACGGGGGGCUGUGAUCGGGGAGAACGGCAGGGUGCUUGCAGGGCAAACCCUGGAUAUCAACAUGGCAGGAGAACCAAGGCCAAGCAGACCCAAAGGCCUGAAGCGAUCAUCCGCUGCCCUCUACAAUGGCUACGAGUUUGACUACGAUUACUACAGAGAGGACUUCUAUGACAGGUUGUUCGAGUUUCGCAGCAGAGUGUCUCCCAUCCCUCGGGUGGUGCCGGUCAAACGUCCCAGGGUGGCGGUACCGCUGGUUCGACGUGUCAAAUCUCUGCCGGUCAAAGUGUUAGCAUGUAGCGCCUCCGUCCUUCCCACCAACGGAAACAAAAAGAGACCAGCCAUGAAAGGAACAGAGCUGCAGGCCAUCAAGUCGGAGCUGACUCAGAUCAAAAGCAACAUCGAGGCUUUGCUGGGCAGGCUGGAGCAGAUCACAGAGGAGGCACGGAUCACUGCCACAGAUCUGAUCAAAGCAGAGGAGUGUCAGAGCGAGGAGGCAUGGCAGGGAGGGGAGGAGACCAACUCAGAGCUGGAGGACGAGGAGGAGCAGAGACAGAGCAGCGAAGCUGAAGACGAGGAGGAGGAGGAAGAAGGAGAGCACCGACAGGAUGACGCCAACAACCAUGAGCAGAACAGUUGCCUUUCACCAGAAAUAGAUUCUGUUCAUCCAUGAGAGGAACUGUUGAGGAGACAGAAAGCUGCAGAGCCAUAGUGAAAUCAGUGGAUAGAACCCAAACAGGACGGCCAUCAAACAGCAGGGACUCUCAGAAACACACGAGCUAACACAGACGAAGAUACACUGAAUAGAGACAGACUCGACACUUUGUCCAAGCCACGGGAAGACCCUUAAAACAGCAGGAACUGCCAGAACGCAUCAUUAACAGAUGACUUCUAAAUAUAUACACACGCAUACAAGCAAGCAAGGGUGGAGACUGGGCUCUGUGUCCAAACCAUGGGGAGAUGGUAAAACAGCAGGCUGCAGUCAAAACACGGUUUGAACUGGUUUCACGCGCACUCCAGGAAACAUCUCUCCAUUUUACAGCCGCGACGGAGGGGAAACCCAAGACCCGUCGGCCCAAAUGAAAACCAUCCUCUUCAAUGCAAAUCAUUACGUGUUUCAGAGGAGUUUAUUUAAUUUAUUCACCGAGGCUGAGCUAAAGCUGAUUUCAUGUCUGUGUGUUUUCGUUGGUCGAGAGGCAAACGUUUGUUCGUCUGUCUUUGAUGGAUAAUUACCAAUUUUUUUCCAUAGACACCAGCUUCCAGAAAAGGAAGACGGUUUAUCUUAGCUCACACUAAAAUUAACCAAUUUAUUCACUAUCUGAAAACAUUUGGUGUGCUCUGUUUUAUUUACAAAAAGAAUACACAAUUUAAGAGUCACACGACAAACAUUUUAGAAAAAAUUCAUAAUGGUCUUGUGCUUUCAUGAAAUUUGUACAACUUUAGAAAGGUUUACAAUUCAUUGUGUCUAAGAAAAUGGCUCCUUUUGAAACUGAUGCCUGCAAAAUGUUUUAAUAAAAGUGGAUGAAAGCUUCAA